AUGAAAUUAAAUAUUUAGACAUCAAUGGUGCAUGGUUUGGUAUUUGAGAACUCUGUGAUCUGUUUAUGGUGUUUAUUCUUAAUUUGCAAACAAAUAUUUGAAGUUGUCAUGGAGGGUUGAUAAUUUCGUUCAAAAACCAUCAUCUGCUGAUUGGAUUUUGCCAGCCGCAGGUGGUGAACAGCAUCGGUCUCUGCACCUUAGCUCCUUUGUUCGUGUCUUCAUCUACAGAUGUGAAGGUAAGACUUAUUAAUUGUUUCAUAACUAUUUUGUGCUGCUUGCCUUCUAAUUGCUUUCACCGAUGGGUUUCUCUGAUUUAUAUCAACGUGAUAUUCGAAGAAAUAACUGAUUAAGCUCUCACGGACAGCCAUGGAUUUCAAGCUAUUUCGUCCCAGAUUUUGACGCAUUGCUUUCAGCAAAUGUUUGAAGGGUCAGUGAGCCUUCCAGGUUCUUUGGGUCUCAGUCUUGGCUGGUUGGUUGCAUGUUGCAGCUGCUGCUUCUAUUUUGUCUGUCUGUCUUCUAUUAAUUAAACCUCGCUUGUCUCCGUGCCUUAUGUGAAGCUUUUCAAUUGUGAUGCUUUCUGUGGUGUAAUUGGAAUAUUAUGUUAUCAUGGUUUCAAUGAUUUGUAUUGGCAGUUGCAGGAAAGAGAAAUCUUAGAUUCCAAGGUGCCGAUUGAAGUCUUUGACACUUGGUGCUCUUGAAGUCAUCACAUCAGAGGACAAAUUAUCUUGGUAUUUAAAGCUCAUGAUAUGCCAGUGGCCAUCCUAUUCGUCACUGUCUCCUGCUUUGUCUCCUUUCCACGGAAGUCCUGCGGCUACGAUAGCUGAUUACCUCUUAGAAAAGGCAUGGCAGAAUGACCAUCUGGCUGGGGUAACUGGGAGAGACUAUUCGUUAUUAUUGCAUGGCAGAAUAUUGCAGCAUACCAUGACAACUGUCCCAAAAUAGAUAAUAAUAAUAAGUCGCUUGAGAACUUGGUACCUAAACUUCAGAAGGAGCAGAGCUAGUCGAUAUGGACACAAAAUAUAGUUUCUUGACUGUAGUUGUAUCUUUUAUUGAAAGGGUUGAUCAAUUUAAUCAUUCACACCUUAAUAAUUUUAUGGCUGGAGACGCAUCAUGGCUGCAAUUAUUGGAGGUGGAUUGUGGUUUGUCCUAUAUCUUGUCUUCUCGAAUGGUUCUUCAUCAAAAAUUUUCAUUUCUUUGGCCACACAGGAAGAUUGGAGCCAAUUUGUCCCACACAACUCUGCAUAAGUUUCCGAUGACUUGUGAAUAGGAAAAAGAUGCUCUCUAUUUGGCAAUUAAUGGGUUAGUUGAGUAUAUACUUCUCCAAGAGUUUGCUACAGGGACUGGAGUUGAUAGACAGCAGACUUCUACUUGCUUCCUGACACAAACUCCACCAUUGUUUCCCUCUCCUCUCGCCCUCUGUCCUCCCACAAAUGUGCUCUCACUCUCCUUCUGCAUGUACCAAUAUUCAAAUGGUUCAGUGGGCUCUUUAUUCUGUGCUAUCUGCUGCUGCUGCUUUCCUCCUUUUAACUUCACAAGAACCUAUUUGUUAUAUAUUCCAUCCUUAAUGUGUUACACCUCUGCCCACCAAUCUCCAAAAAAGGUAUUGGCCCAAUCCAUUUAUGUGCUCCUCUUCGAUUCUCCCAUCUACACAAAUCCUCCUCCCCCUCUUUCUUCUACUUUCCCCUCCGUUUCCUCUUUAUCUGUUGUCAUAAAGAAUGGAAGAUCCCUCCUACCUCAACUCUUUCGGUCAUUCAAGUAAUUGCCUGGGUGAUCUGGAAGGAGCUGCUUGCUUUGGGGAGUUGGAGGAGGCUCUCUUUCAGGGAGUCGAUGGCAUGAGAGGAACUGAAGACACAAAAUCUUUUCUUGCGAGCAGACCCGCCACACUUGAGAUCUUCCCAUCGUGGCCAAUGAUACACCAGCAAACUCCCAGACAGGUUAACACACUCUCAGCGAGGAGCUUUGAUCCAGGCUCAGCUCAAAACUAUGGGUGUCAUAUGGGAUCAGACUCCCCAGACAACAGCAAGGACUCCUCAGGCGAGUUGGCUGACCGCAAGCAGCAGCAGGAGAUGAUGAUGUCAAGUACUGUUUCCAGGACAGGAGAAACACGGAAUCCUCAGCCUUCAUCCCAAGAAAAGAGAACGAUGACCGGUUCAACUACAGCGAAAGAUGGAAAGGUGCUUGAUGAUAAGGCACUGAGACGCCUGGCUCAAAAUCGAGAGGCAGCACGAAAGAGCCGACUGAGGAAAAAGGCUUACGUGCAACAACUAGAGUCCAGUAAAGUUAGGCUUCAACAGAUCGAGCAUGAUCUCGACAGAGCAAGAUCACAGGGUCUUUUCCUGGCAGCAGCCGGCAGUACUGGAGUCAUCAGUCCCGGCGCUGCGUUGUUCGACAUGGAGUAUGCCCGAUGGUUGGCCGAGAGAUGCAAGCUCAUGUCGGUCCUCCGAAAUGCAUUACAGGCUCACCCUCCUGAGGGUAAUCUUGGUGUCUUGGUGGAUGAGUGCAUCAGGCACUACGAUGAGCUCUUCCAGCUGAAAGCCACUGUUGCAAAAGCCGACGUCUUCCACCUCUUGAAUGGAACGUGGAAGACCCCGGCGGAGCGCUGCUUCCUGUGGAUGGGUGGGUUUAAGCCCUCUGAGCUACUCAACAUACUGAUUCCGAAGCUGGAUCCGUUGGAGCAACAGCUGGUGUGGAUCUGCAACCUGAAGCACUCGUCGGAGCAGGCGGAGGAGGCGCUCUCCCUGGGCCUCGGGCAUCUCCACCUUUCUUUGACACAAAUAAUUGCCGGCAGGUCUCUCUGCGAUGGCAUCGGCGACGGAGAAUACAUGAACCUCAUGGCCGCCGCACUGGGAAAGCUUGUCGACUUCGAAGAAUUCGUCAGCCAGGCUGACAACUUGAGACGACAGACCUUGCACAAUUUGCGUCGACACUUAACCAUCAGACUAGCAGCAAGAUGUUUCCUGGCAAUCGGAGAGUACUACACCCGCCUUCGUGCUCUGAGCUCCAUAUUGACUUCUCGAUCUCCUCGAGAGAGCUUGAUUGCAGAUGAUACUGUUGUUCCUACAACAACAGACCUGCAAAUUGUUCAUCGACCACUGCAACAUCAUUUUUACAACUUCUGAGAUCAUGCUGAGGAAGCAUGUCAUGCAUACUUGCCAUUUUGAGCUCAUGCACAUUGGAGUUUGAGAGAGAGAGAGAGAGAGAAAAAGGAGUAAUAUGUUGUAUUAUCAUUGAGAUCUUAUGCAUAAAGAGAUUAUACUUGAUCAAAGGCAGUAUAUAUCAUGGCUGUUGAACAAGACCAAAGGUUAGCAGCAGAAGAUGAGAAAAGUAAUUAAUGGCAAGAAAAAGAUGUGCAAAUGUUGUAUGAAGAACCAAAUCAAUGUAUGGCCCUUUGCAACUUGACCUAACUUGGAAUAUUAAAAGAAAUUGAAGAUGCCAGCAUCAAGAUCCAAAACUUGCACUACAACACGACAAAUAUGAGAGUGCAUGGCUUUAUCAAAUGCUGCUUUCUGCAACAAGUUAUAUUGUAAGUGAUAUAUGUGAGAUCUGACUUGGUGUGGGACAAUUUGGAGUUAUAAUAAUUCUACUCCCUGAUGUUGUGGCCAUCACAGACAGCAACAGAACUCAGCUCAGCAUACAUAUUAUAUAUACACAGCCAUAGACCUUACUGAUAGACUGCAGCCACUCGAUGUGUUCUCUCUAUUGAAAUCUCACUAUAUUUUAUGUGAAUUGUAAAUAUAGUAUUGAUCAAUCAAGUUGAUAAAAGACUUACUGUUCA